GUCCAGCGUUGGUCGCCGGCGAGGGCGCAUCUGACAUUCCUGUGACAAAAGAUACGGACGGGGACACUUGAGGACAUUGGAGAAACGGUGGAACAUCCGCGAUAACCAUCGAUCUCGAACGGAUCAGAAGGAUGUUAACCGUGGUAGUAGUAGCGUCACGGUGCUGACAGUCAGACGCGCUCUGGGAAUCGGCGGGGAUCGGACGGCGUGGAAUAACUAGGAUCGGAAGUCGGUCGAAUGAGCUGGCUCACCGACAGACGACGACGACGACGACGACGACGACGCGUCUGUGAGCCGUGCAAGUAAUUUUCGUGUACAUACUCGCGACUACUCGCUAUUCCGUGUGCGGGUCUGUUGUUUCUGAUACAACGGAAUACGAAUCGGAGCAAGUCGUGCGUAUAUCAGGGUGGGAGGCAGAGAGCUAGAAACGCGAGCACACAGGGAAAAUAGAGAGUUGUGUGAAAUUGAGCCGAGAGUACGAGUACAACGAGAGUAGAUAAAAGAGAAGAAGAGAAAUGUCCUCGAUGCCCAACGAUGCCGCACCAAGGCACAACCGAGCUGCUGAAGCUUAGUGCGUGCGAGGUGUACGCGCAGGGACACGCUGCAGGUCCACUGAGGCUGUCACGUGCCCCUGAUAGAACGAAAACGAUGCCAUUGCCGUGUUCAAGGCACGUAAAUUCAGGUGGACCCUCGGAAGACUGAAGACCCCAGGCUCGGGUGGAAAGUUUGCACGAAAACGUAAGAAAUCUCACAGUGCCUACGGGAUCCAGCUGGUUCGUUCCUGUUCGACGCGUUUGCAGCCACGUGCGAGGACAACCGAAUAGUGAGGAGGUGGAGGAGGCGGAGAAGAAGCCGGUGGUGGCGGAGGUGGUGGUGAUCGAGGAAGGAGCGAACUGCUCCGAUUCCUCAAUCGUGCAAACAUGAGACGUUGGACUCUCAUGGCGGCUAUAGCCCUGGCUGCAUCGGGGCUGGUAAACGGCGGUUCUCACGAGAAACGGCUGCUAAGCGACCUGCUGGAUACGUACAACGUGCUGGAGCGCCCGGUUGGCAAUGAGUCCGAGCCCCUCGUGUUGAGCUUUGGCCUUACACUAAUGCAAAUAAUCGACGUUGACGAGAAGAACCAAUUGCUCAUCACGAACCUCUGGUUGAAAUUGGAAUGGAACGAUGUGAACAUGAGAUGGAAUACGUCGGAUUACGGGGGAGUGAGAGACCUCAGAAUUCCACCACAUAGACUUUGGAAGCCUGACGUUCUCAUGUAUAACAGCGCGGACGAAGGCUUCGACGGCACUUAUCCGACGAACGUCGUCGUGAAGAACAAUGGGACCUGCUUAUACGUACCGCCCGGCAUAUUCAAAAGCACUUGCAAGAUAGACAUUACGUGGUUCCCCUUUGAUGAUCAGCGCUGCGAGAUGAAAUUCGGCUCCUGGACGUACGACGGUUUUCAGUUGGACCUGCAACUGCAAGACGAGAGCGGAGGUGACAUCAGCAGUUUCAUCACUAACGGCGAGUGGGAUCUGUUAGGAGUACCUGGUAAAAGGAACGAAAUUUAUUACAAUUGCUGCCCAGAACCGUAUAUAGAUAUAACGUUCGUGGUUAUCAUCAGAAGGCGGACUCUUUACUAUUUCUUCAACCUCAUCGUGCCGUGUGUCCUGAUCGCCAGCAUGGCCGUUCUGGGAUUCACCUUGCCUCCCGAUUCCGGCGAGAAACUUUCUCUAGGGGUAACCAUUCUCUUGUCCCUCACUGUGUUCUUGAAUAUGGUGGCCGAGACAAUGCCAGCAACUUCGGACGCUGUGCCUCUGCUGGGAACAUACUUCAACUGUAUUAUGUUUAUGGUGGCCAGCAGUGUAGUCAGCACCAUUCUUAUUUUAAAUUAUCAUCACCGGAACUCUGACACUCAUGAAAUGUCUGAAUGGGUAAAAGUGGUAUUCCUUUAUUGGCUGCCUUGUAUACUUCGUAUGUCACGACCUAGUGAUAAAGAAGAGAGGGAGGCACAAAAGUCUCAGAAACCGUCUCCAGUCACCGGUAAUUUAGUGACACGAAAAAGCAUCGACACAAGUGCUGGCAAGAGUCACGGUGACCUGGAGCUUCGUCAGAGGAGCAGCAAAUCCCUCCUAGCGAAUGUCCUGGAUCUCGAGGACAACGCUCUGGCAUCUCAUAAUAAUCUCCUGAAUAACGUGUACAGUACCCCUGGCCCUCACCAUCACACGAUGGGCCAUGGGCACAGUCAUAUUCACACGACGCCCCAUCAUCAUCAUAGCCACGCUGCAACUCCGCAUCAUCAACACUCAACGCCACUGGCACACUCCUCUUAUCCGGGGGCGAUUCAGAUCGGUCACACGCCGCAUCAUCAUCCACAUCCGCCAGAUACGCCAGGUCCCCAGGUCGAAACAAUACUUCAAAACGCGUGUUUCUGUGCCCGAAACGAGCUCAUUAUGAUCCUCAAAGAAAUUAAGAUAAUCACGGAUCAGCUGAAGAACGAGGAGAUGAACACCAAGGUGACGAACGACUGGAAGUUCGCGGCGAUGGUGAUCGACAGAAUGUGCCUAAUCAUUUUUACUCUGUUCACCAUCAUCGCAACCAUCACCGUCCUACUGUCGGCGCCGCACAUCAUCGUCACGUGAUUUAGAAAAGUACAGAUAGCCAACUACACGUUGGCGGUCGACGAGGAUCGUGCGUUGCGCAUCGGUGCGGACGGCGAGGAACGCGAACAUGACGACUACGACGACGACGACGAUGACGACGACGACAAUGACGAUGAUGACUACCACGAUCUGGUCCAUGCUAGGAUUACGCGAACAACGUUUACAACGAUGUUUCUCCUAUGCUUGGAUGUCCAGCUGAUUGGAAGUCGAGCCUCAGAGUCAUGUGUUACGCCCCGCUUCGGGUGAUCCGCACUGUUCAUAGGAAGAAAAUGAUACAAGGACACUAGGCUCUCUGUAUUAUUUACGAUAUAUAUAUAUAUAUAUCGUAUAUAUAUAUAUAUAUAUAUGUAUACAUAAAAAGAGAUACGUAUAUGUAUACAUAUAUAUAUCUUUAUGUAGUUCAUUCGAAAAGGACGCCUUAGCGAGACACGUUGAAAAUGCGCCUACAUAGGCGCGUUAAAGGAACACUGACACGCGCGCGCGCGCUCACACCUACAUGCACACACGAUCGCAUACAAACAUGCCGGCCACGCCGAGGUAUGUGCAUCUCUGGCAUUUGUUGUGCCGCGAUAGAGAUGGAACGCGAACGAUCGCGAGCCUCGAGUUCCUUUCGGGUCGAGCUGACGCAAUUUUUUGCGGAAAAUUGGAUAUAUGCAACAUGCUGACGCUGGACUGACUAGUGAAGCGAAAGUAGUUACAUCUUCCUCAUAUUUUUUCUUCGUUGCAUAAUUUCUAUCAAGAUCAUCCAAUUUCAGGUUUGUCAAACGAAUAUAUUUAAGUUUUCGAAUGUUGGAAAUUGUAAUUCUCUUAUUAAUCGCAGUGUUAAUUUUAAUCCAAUAUCUGGUAGCUGGGAAAUAUUACGUUUUAUCCGUUUUCAUGGAUAUUACUUUUCCUUGCAUUCUGGCGAUAGCGAGAAUGGAGAAAAACAUCUUUGUCAUUGUUGUUCUUAUUGUUAAGUUAUCUUAAAGUGUCGCUUUUGAGUAAGACAGCUUGCUAUCUAUUUAACCACGUUGUGGAAAGUAUUUUAUUCUUUGAAAACUAUUUCGCUGAUGUGGCGUGACGAAUAGUUUGACUAAAAUUUUAAUGAAAACAUUCGUUUUUGAAACACGCUUCAGUAAUCGUUGCACGGGAUGCAAAUAAAUCUGCGUACACGCGUGUGAAACACGAACACGCAUACACGUACACGCACAUAUACACGCUUACACACGCAAGAGACAGAACAUAGAAACAAUGAGCACCGAGAACCGUCGAAGGGUUUAAAUUUGUUAAAGAAUAAAUCGGGUUGUCCGGUACGGUCCACGACUACGAAACGAUUUUUCGUUCGAUUCUCGUACGACCGUACCAGCCAAAGAAUCUCAUAAAAAACGAGAGAGAAAAAGAGAGAGAGAGAGGAAAGAGAGAUAUACAAACAAAAGAGAGAGAAGCUGAAGAAGGGUACACCGCUCCUUUUAUUGUGCUUAAAAGAGAGAAAAAGGUAGAGAGGAAUAAAAAAGCAGAAUGGAAACAGACGAAAGAGAACACACGAUUAAGAGCAAAGCGCACACGUUAAUAUUCUGAAAAACUGAAAAAGCAACAAAAAAAGCAAAAAAAAAGAGAAUAAUAAGUAAAAAUAAUAACUACACACAAUGAACUGCCAAAAUGUUUCAAAACAAUGCCAGUGAAUUUUAUUAUCCGUAUCACUAGUAAGUAAAAUCGACGACAACUUAAAUAAAACGGGGGAUUUAUACUACGAUUAUAAGAUGGCGUGCGACAGCGCGGCGUUUAAAACAAAAGAAAAAAAAUAAAAUACUGUUCUUUGUUAGCUCGUAAGAGAAAUCCGGCGUAAGCAAGCGGAAACAGUGAGAGAGGAAGAGAGAGAGAGAGAAAGAAAGAAAGAGAGAGAGAGGGAGGGAGAGAAAGAGAGAGAGAGAGAAAGGAAGAGAGAGAGAGAGAGAGAGGGAGAAAGAGUGACGACGCGGGUAUAUGAAUGACUUCAGAUGAAAUGAUGACGAUGGUGACGAUUGACUUAGUGCAGCAUCUUUCUUCAUUUUCACACGUUUUUUCCCUUCUAUCGGCGGACAUCGUUUGUUGUUGUCCCUCUGUACACGCUUGUACAAGCGCACACACGGUACAUACUCUCUCUCACACACCACCAACACGUACAUAGACACUACGCACUCCGUUGCGUUGAAUUUCACACACGUUACACACCCACUCCACAAAUGUCUCACACUUACGUUAACACAAGACGGACAUGCGUACACAAGCAAAAACUUUUUCAAUCUAACGUUCUAGGGAGUCAGGCUUCCGCAUCCUCGAGAUUCUCGCGUGACUCCCGGCGAACUCGACGUUCGCUAUCUAGGUAACGAGGCGUCUACCUAUCACAAUCGGAUCCGAGAUUCGCAACGCGAUUCCAAAGCAACUCGAAGCUGUUAGUGUAUAUUUACUUUUUUAAGUCGAGUCGCCUUCGAACGAUGCGAAUCUCGAAGAUCCUCGAUGGACGAGCGACCGUGCAGCUUCCUUUCGAAUAUUCCCGAACGCAGUCCGGUUCUGGGUACUUUCCCCUCGUUCUUCGAACCAGCAACCGACUCGAUUCUACGCUAUUCGACUGUACGCGAAACUGAAUAUCAAGAUCUCGAGCGAUCGCACAAGUCUGAUUCUUGAAUAAUCUCUUGCUAUUCAACCGCACGCUACUCGCCCUAAAUGGCCAAACCAUUUGCAGUUCGUCUGUGAAAGUACCCACGUCGGAUUAUCCGUCAACGGGCUCACAGCAGUUCCGAUUGAUUUUUGCUGUUUGUCGCUGCAAAAUGGGAUCCCUUUCUUACAAAAGGAUAUUGCGAGAACUUAUGAGAGAUCGAUAGUUAUGAAAAGAGUUGAAAAAUUGUUAUUCAAUGCGUAUCGAAAUUUACGAAUAAACAAGAAAAAAUUGUUUUCAAGAACGAUUAGUCUCGUUGCAUUGAUAUUCGCAUUAAUUAGGAAUUGCAUCGUGCUGAAUGAAAUUUUUUAUCGAACGUCGCGCUUCGUUUAGUUUCAUAGUGAAUAUUUGUUUCGACGAUAAGGUAACAAAAUCACUUCGCCAGGCUUGACGUAUUUUCAGAAUCGAAGCUAUCGUAGUAGUUAAAUUGUAACGUGUACUACACGCGAUCGUCGUUCGUCUGGUAGUGUCUCGUCGAAUUUUCUGUCGACCACGAGUCUAGAAGCAGGAAACAUUUUAGUCAAUAUAUAAGAGUGCUCAGUAUUUAAUACGAUAUUCCAUUUACUAUUUUGACUCGUGACCAGACUCGAGACUCGUAGAUGCUCGAACGAAUCGACGUCGCCGGGAAAUAGCAUUUCCUUUUCGAGCUAUAAGAGUCACCGUGUUUUUCGAGCAACGUUAGAUUUCAUGCUGUACAUACUUCGUUAAUUUCGAUAACUGGACGGUUUUGUUUCACUUCGACUCGUUUCAGGAUCAGCUUACAUUGGAACAACGUGGUGCCAUAGUUUUGUUAUAUGUGUAACAAACUCUUUUAUUUAUUACAGCUUAAUAAGACCUCGUUACAGUUUGUUUCAUGUAAUAACAAUUUGAAUAUUUCGUGUUUCGUGCAAUUCAUUUUAAAUGUUUAAAAACAAUUCUCCUAAAUGUAUUAAGUAAUGAAUGUUUAAAAGUUAGUUUUAUUAUUUCCUGAAAUUAUACAAAUCGACGUUGUUCCAAUGUGAUAAAAGUUCAAUUAGCGCAUUAUCUACAUUUAACUAACCCGCGCAUAUACCUAAAUUUCCACGACUUCGAGUGAUCAUCUCGAUUAAAAACAGUGCAUACGAGAAGCAUAUCUUUAGACGCAGGAAAUUAAUCCUAACAUUCCUCAGUGUUUAAUACGAGCACGAAGCACGUUACAGAACCAAACUUUAGCUCCCUUAGAGCCGAAUAAUUUAUUCCUCUCGCGAAAGAAUAAAACUGAAAAAACGAACGCUCAAAAAUGCAAAAAAUAGAAUUAAAAAACAAAAAUAAGCAAACGCAAUCUUGUAGACUGUGUUAAAUAAACAGAAACUGGAGAAAUACUCGACAACUAACUUAGACGAAGAAGCUUGUCAACGCAAGUAGAAAAAAAGAAACAUCGGAAUCUCGUUAACGGAUAGUCUCGCAGGCGGGUUUUGUUAAACAUAUAAUAAAACGAAAACAAGAAAAAAACGAAAAAAAACUAUAGCACGUUUUGGCCAUUGGCAUUGACGCGACAACCAAUCACGUUAUCUUUUAAAUACUAUUAUAAUGGUUACAAAAUAAUAAUUAAAAAAAAAACGUUGUUAACGAUGUUAAAGGAACGAUUUAAAAUGAAAAAAAAAAUAAUAGUACGUAGAGGAUAUAAACUAUAAUCGAUAAUGCCUCGAUUGGUGGAAUAACCAUUCUCGAUCUUUAAAUCAGCUAACUAAUUAAACUUAUGAAUUAAAUUUAAAGCACUUAAUGGUUCGCGCCGGAAGGUUUUGUUAGAAUACAGUACUAAGUAGGGAAGACAAAAAAAAAUAUUUAAAAAAAUACGGUUAUCUCAAGUGAGUGUCAUUAGGGAAGCAAAAUAAUCGCGGAAAAGAUAUUAACGAAGAUAGUUCGGCAUGUCACAGUGUCGAGUCAAAUAAAAAAUGAAACGAAAUAAAAAAAAAAGAAACAAGGAAACGUAAUAACAUUAAUACGAUGAAUUAUGCGUUUAAAUGUCACGGUUUCAACGACUUCGUUUCGCGAUGAAAUCUUUUUUGAACGUGUUCCCUUCUUCCCAGCGACAGCUGCAAAAUCAAGAAUAGCCAAUCGCGAAACGAAACGAUUCUCCGUGGUUGUUAGUUCUUGGUUCUUUUCCGCAAACACGUUUGCUGUAGUUCAAGUUGGUGGAAAGAGUCGCAUGGCGACGAUUUAUUGUUAAAGCGCGACCGAUUCGAGCCCUUCGGUAGCCAAUUUGAAUUUUCAAGCAACUUUCAAGAAAUCCCUGCAAUGAAUGUAACACUAUUGAUUUUUGGAUUAUUUGAUUCGCAAGAUGUAAGAGCUUCCAGAAGUAGAUAACAUUAAACUAUGCUUCGAAAUAUGACAGGCUUAUUCCUAUAGCUUCUGUUAUACCAUGUAAAAGUAUCAUAAAGUACGCGAAUAUGCAAUAAGCAAAAUCAGAGUUAGUAUACUAUUGUUAUAUAAUUACAGCAGAUAACGAUGUCUAUCGAAAUUUUUAUUAACGGGACAAUUUCCAUGGUGUAAUGUGAUUGAAGCUGCUAUUGACAAACUGUGAAGGAAGGAAGAGCAUUAUACGUUCUACAAUUAUAAUUAUAAUUCGUUUCACGAGAGUUAAUAUCGGUUUAUGCGUGGAUGUACACCGUUUAUAGCCUGCUGUAAAGUGUCUCAUAAAAACCGGUUGCAAAUGAAGCAAUUAGGUGCACGAUAUGUGUUCGAUAAAUUAAUGAAAUUGGCCUGCGAACGGCUCAGAUUCGUUGCAUGUCGCGACGGCGGCGUUGAACGACGCUCCCAUUUUAAUCGUAUUUAAACGCGUUAACGUUAAGCGAGCAAACACUGAUUGUUAACGGAGAAUUAACAUCCAGCCUAUUGAUAUUACUUGUUAUUGAUUAGUUCUUAUGCGAGCGUGAAAAAAAAUAACCAUAAUAAUAAAACUAUUCGGGAAUAUAAUCGUAAAACGCACACGCCGAAUUUUUCGCGUGCUACGAAAUCUCAGUUGGAUUAUUCAACGAGUGACUUGUUGUUUCAAGAGAAGGGAGAAAAUAAUGCAUAGAAUUGCAGUGAAAGAAGGAGAUAGCAGCCCGUAUUUAAAAGAAGAAGUUCCAACGUUCUAGCGAAGAGAAAUAAAAUAAAAUAAAAAAUAAAGGCGAUAAGCUGUUCGAUAAUUAAGAAAUUAUAUACUCGUUCUGUGAAAAAAUUUACUUGUUCUCACAUAUCGAAGUCAAGUUGGAAUUCGAAACAAGUUGCUCACUGAACAAAAAAAAAAUAAUAACGAUUUAAAGAUAUAAAUGUUAAACGAGGAAAAUAAAAGGCGAGGAUGAAGAAUAACGAAGAAAAGUAUAAACUAAAUUCGUUGCUCACGAAUGCUCAUUUAUUGUUUUUAUCCAGCGCGGUUCCAGUGUUUACGAGUUGUCGUAAGCCGGCCGCUUAGUGAGAAUAAUUAAUGUUCGAGUGUACUACUUUCAACUAUCACGCUCAACGUUCAAGCAUUUAAGCUGUUCACGAGAUUCAGGGUCUUAGAGAUUAAUUAGACAAAACGGUAGAAAAAUUGUCGAGACGUUCGUAAAAACUAAAACGGAAGAAAUGGAAACACUAAUUCGUAAAUUACAAGAAGAGGAUGAAACAGUAGUAGAAAUAAAUAAACGCGCAGACACCGGGAAAAGGGAGUGUUCUCUUUCACGUUUCGGGGAUCUUUUCGUUUGAUCGUUUCGUUUCGAGGGAAAUAAACGUUACACGUUGUAUUUACGUACUACGUAACAUGUAUCGAUGAGAAAAGCAUAGAGUAUCGAUAUUAAUCUAUAAUUGAACUAAUCGAAUCGACGAGGGAAGAAAAUAAACGAUAAAAAUAGGAAAGAGAAAAAUGAUAUUUAAAUUCAAGCGGACUGUGACGACCCGUUCGUUCUUUUUCUCUUUUUGUAACAAUCGUAUCGAUGAUUACGCUGAUACGAUAGGGUGAUUUUAAUUGCACGUGCUGCAGAAAUAUUUCCACCUUCUUGAACUCUGUGAAAGAAAACGAGACGCGAGAGCUUCUUUUCGAAAGAUAAGAAUAUAUCACGCAGCAAACGUCGCAUGACAGUGAGACGAAAGUACGCUUUCUUGUGCGUGAUCGAACGAUAUCACGGCUAUAAAACAGAGGUUCGUCGUGCUUUUUGAAAAAUCGCUUUCAAAGCGAAAUAGAAUCCGAUCUAAAGGCUCGAUCAUCGUUUGAAUUUCUGACGAGCAUUUCUCCGUUCGAAGUAAUAUUUUCUUUUAUCUUUGCCUAGCAGUUCGGUUACGGGCAACGGUUGCAAGUUUUCUUUGAGCGAAACUUCCGAAUUAGAACAAAACUUUUCUUCCAGUUUAUUCUCGAUCCCCUUUACAAGGAAAUUUCUCUUUGCUGAGUUUUUCGAUAGAAAUUAUUCCUCAAAAGUUUUCUCGUAGAGCGAGACGUCAGCUUUUUCAUGGAGCGAUCGAAUUUUCCUUUCAAGAAAAGUUAAUAAGCAUACCUUGGACGAUUUACACGGAAUAGAAUAUUUGGCAUAGUUGUAUUAUAUUUGAAACGUGAUUUUUAAAACAAUGACGCCAUCGAACGUCUAAAAGUAGCAGCCUACCAUCGGGACAUAAUAAGAUUUUUGUUUAAAAAUAAAUAGAGGAGAAAAGACGGAAAAGUAAGCGGAAAUAAGCAAGGGAAAGGCUUAAAAGAGGAAAACGGACGAAACGAAGAAGCGGAAUUUACAGAGAAAUAACGCAACUUGCGCCUUUGAUAAAGAAAAAAAACAAGAAUACAUAUAUGUAUUAAACUCAGCUUGUCACGCGCGGGGUUAUCAUUAUAAACUAUUAAUCUUAUGAUAAUUAAAAUUAAUAAUAACGGUAAAAUCACGAAGAAGGAGAGAAACAAUGAUAAUAUUAAUAAUAACAUUAGUACUAAUGAUAUUAAUACUGAUAACAAUAAUAAUUAUAAUAAAUAAAUAAUAGCGUAACGGUAACGUACUAAUUAUUAAUUCUCCGCCUGUGUGCAUUUUUCUUUCUACGACGUUAUUAAUCUAUGACUAAGGCGACUUCUAUGAAGAAUCGUUUCCAAUAACGAAUAAAGAAAAAAAAAAGGGAAAUAUUAUAUGGUUAA